AUGAGCAAGAAGGAAGCAGCUAGUAAUCGCUCUGAUCGAUUCUUAGCAUGUGCGGCCGUGGUGAUAAUUACAAUAAUAUUUUUUGUAUACUUUAUAACUGUAACCAUAGAUUUUAAAGCUUCUUCAUCGUCUAUAAAAUUUUUCAAGAAGAAUAAACCCUUGAUACUGUUUUGGACGCCGUGGUUUUCAUUUGAUUGGCCAAUUGCAGCUGGUAACCUUAAAUGUAAAGAUUACGGUGUAGAAUGUAUUAUAACGAAAGAUAGAGGAGAUUAUUAUCGAAGUCAUGCUGUAGUUUUUCAUGGAUCAUCUUACCAAGUGAGAGAUAUUCAUGAUUAUCCUAUACUUAGAAGCCGUCCCUAUGGGCAAAAAUGGGUUUAUCAUAACUUAGAGAAUCCAAUGAUUUCCACAUCCUUGACUAACGGUCAUCUACCUAAAGAGAUCAAUGGACUAUUUAAUGUGACCAUGACUUAUACCUCCGAUUCCGAUGUUAUCUAUCGAUAUGGUCAGGUAGUUCCUGGCCAAUUUAGGGAUGGUUUUGAUCCUAACCGCAAUUAUGCUCAGGGCAAGACGAAGCUAGUUGCAUGGGCUUCUAGUAAAUGUUAUCCUGAAAGAACUACGUUUAUAAAUCGUUUAAGUCGGCUGAUGCAAGUUGAUAAAUACGGCAAAUGUGGUAAUUUAUCAUGCCCCAGAACUAAAGGUUGUUGGAAGAGGUUGGGUCGACAAUAUAAAUUUUAUCUCAGCUUUGAAAAUAAAGUUUGUAAGGAUUAUGUCACGGAGAAAUUCUAUGCCAAUGCUUUACUCUACGAUAUGGUUCCUAUUGUGCUAGGAGGAGCCAAUUAUCAAGACCCACAAGUGGCUCCACCAGGAUCGUAUAUUAAUGCGUUCGAUUUCAAGAAUAUUGAAGAAUUGAGCCAAUAUAUUCUAAAAGUUGAUAAAGAUGAUAGCUUAUAUAAUCAAUAUUUUCAAUGGAGAGCCAAUUAUACCAUUGUACGGAUGAAAAUGUCAGAAGCAUUUUGUGAAUUAUGUUACGAUAUUUCAUUUUUUCGACGCCAAAAAAUUUAUCAUGACUUGACAACAUUUUGGAGUACUGAUGAAGAAAAUUGUGUAAAAUAUCCCAAGUCAGGAAAUUCCAAGAUAUCUACCCAAUUUAAGUACUACGCUACGAAAUCCGAUAGUUUGGCUAAUCGUGGCCGUGUCUGA